UAAAAUCUGGGUACUAGUUAGGCUAGCCCCUUUUUGACAAGUGUUUGGAUUGAUUCAAGUUCCACUCGUCGCGGUUCUUCAUUUUAGACAUAAAUUUGCGUUCUCAGAUGGAAUUUCUGUAACUGAACUUCCCGCUACCUUUACCAAUUGAGCAAUGUAUUCCAUAUCUUGCUAAUGUUUCUAAUGUGGCGGACUCUGCGUAGAACCGGGAGAAUUGAUAUACGCCAAAUACUUGACAUUUCCGCAUCCUCCGACGAACCCAGGCGAACCCAUAUACUCGACCGUCAAGAUGACCUUUCUCGCGACAUUGGCCGGCUAUGCGGCCCCUGUAUUUCUUAUAAUGUCUCCGAUCCUCUCAUACACAGAUCAGGCAGUUGCUAUGCAUAAGGCGAGAUCGAGUGCUGGGUUCUCGCUGGAUAUCCCUCUUAUUAUGCUUGUCGCAUCGAUAUUCAGGAUCUUUUAUUACCCAGGCGCGAAAUUCGACGAGGCCUUGUUAAUCCAGUCAUUUUGCAACAUUUUCAUACAACUCAUCCUUCUAAAAAUUGCCCUCGACCACCGACCACCACCAUCAUCAAAAGGAGGCGAUGCUGCGCUUCCCUUUGCUGGCGCCCAGGAUGGGUUCGGAGGAUUUCAACGGCCAUAUAAUUUCUGGCAGUGGCGUUCACCGAAGCCCUAUUGGCAAUUCUUAUUGUCGUUGUUUAUUGUUUUAACUAUACUCGAAUUACUAAUUGCGCCGUUUCAUUCAUUCUAUUCCGGAUAUUCCGCUUUAAUAGGUUAUAUCGGCCUGUCUGUCGAAGCAACAUUGCCAAUUCCGCAGCUAGUUGCCAACGCACGCUCACGAUCUUGCAAAGGGUUUCGCUUCUCGGUGCUGGCAAGUUGGUUGGUCGGAGACGCCAUGAAAAUGUUCUGGUUUUUCACGUCCACCACCGCAAUUCCGUGGGCCUUCAAACUCUGCGGCAUCUUCCAGGCCGCUUGCGACUUUCUUAUCGGUGUUCAGUAUUUGAUGUACGGUGACCAGCAACCAACUACGAAGGCACAACAGGGAUGGCCGUACCCAAGUGGUAAGCCGCAUCUGUCUGGCUCGUUCAACGGCGGGCGACAGACGCCAACAGGGAGAGGGACUCCAUUAGGGGAGAAGACGAUUUAGACGAACAACUGCACGACUUACUUAAUCUACCAUAAUCUAACGUAUUAGAGAUUAACCCCAAUAUAGACAUGUAAUGAUAUAAUGAAGAAAAUGGCAUGAUUAAGCAUCGAAGGCUAGACCCUUGAUAUCUUCGUCAUCGAGUCAAAGCGCUAUGUUAGUUCUGCAAAUGGCGAAGAUUUGGUCACAAUUGAAAUUAUGACGGACCAAUCCCAUGAUCUGAGGCACAUCGUUAUCGAUUGAAUCAGUAUUCCAAAAGGCAUAGAAAAAGAAAAAGGGGAUCAUACUGAAGAUUGUCGGCCUGCCUGGCUGCCUGGCUUGUAAAACCCCUGUCAAAAUACGCGGGUGGCUGGGGUGACAUGACCUUCUGUGAGCCGUGCGGGUUCUGUGAAUUCAUGUUAACGAGUACCUCAGGCUUCUAAUCCCUCCAUGUAUAAACAGCCACAAAAUG